CACUCCCCCCUGCGAGGCAGGAGCCAGAGCAGGCCGGGUGGCGAGCGGGGACGGUGCACCGCUGGCAACGGGAGCAAAUGGGUCUGGCGAUGGAGCACGGAGCAUCCUACGCUCGGUCGGGCGGCAGCUCUCACGGCUGCUGGUACUACCUGCGCUACUUCUUCCUCUUCGUGUCCCUCAUCCAAUUCCUCAUCAUCCUGGGGCUCGUGCUCUUCAUGGUCUACGGUAAUGUGCAUGUGGGCACAGAGUCCAACCUGCAAGCCACCGAGCGCCGAGCUGAAGGCCUGUACAGCCAGGUCGUGGGUCUCUCGGCCUCCCAGACCAACCUGACCAAGGAACUCAACCUCACCACCCGCGCCAAGGACGCCAUCAUGCAGAUGUUGCUGAGCGCCCGCCGAGACCUGGACCGCAUCAACGCCAGCUUCCGCCAGUGCCAGGCUGACCGGGUAAUCUACGUAAACGAUCAGGUGUAUGUGGCUGCCAUCAUCCUUAGUGAGAAGCAGUGCAGAGAUCAGUUCAAGGAAAUGAACAAGAGCUGCGAUGCCUUGCUCCUCAUGCUGGGUCAGAAGGCGAAGACACUGGAGGUGGAGAUAGAAAAGGAGAAGGCCGUUUGCACGAAGGAUAAGGAAGGCAUGCUGCUGAGCAAACGCAUGGCGGAGGAACAGCUGGCCGAGUGCGUGAAAUCGCAGGAGCUGCAGCGCCAAGAGCGCCAGCUGGCCCAGGAGCAGCUGCAAAAGGUGCAGUCCCUCUGCCUGCCCCUGGACAAGGACAAGUUCGAGACGGAUCUUCGUAACCUGUGGAGGGACUCCAUUAUCCCACGCAACCUGGACAGCAUGGGUUACAACAUCUACCAUCCUCUGAGUUCGGAAGUGGCCUCCAUCCGCAGAGCCUGUGACCACAUGCCCAGCCUCAUGACCUCCAAGGUGGAGGAGCUGGCCCGCAGCCUCCGGACCGGCAUUGACCGCGUGGCCCGCGAGAACUCGGACCUCCAACGCCAGAAGCUGGAUGCCGAGCGGGGCCUGCAGGCCAGUCAGGAGGCCAAACAGAAAGUGGAGAAGGAGGCUCAGACCCGGGAGGCCAAGCUCCAAGCCGAAUGCUCCCGGCAGACCCAGCUGGCGCUGGAGGAGAAGGCGGCGCUGCGGAAGGAACGAGACAGCCUCGCUAAAGAGCUGGAAGAGAAGAAGAGGGAGGCGGAGCAGCUCAGGCUGGAGCUGGCCGUCAGAAACUCGGCCCUGGACACCUGCAUCAGGGCCAAGUCGCAGCCAAUGACGCCAGGGUUAAGGCCCAUGGGUUCUGUCCCCAACCCCCGGAUUAUCGAGCCUGCCGCCCUGGAGGAGUUUAAGAGGAAGGUUCUGGAGUCCCAGAGGCCCCCUGCAGUCAUCUCUGCAGCCCCAUCCAGUGGCUGAGGAUGCUCCAGGCCUGAGGACCGAGGGGUGGCGCGACUCGGCGGUCUGCGGAGGAUGCAGUGAGAUGCUCGUGGCGCCCGCCACAACCCCCUCCCGCCGCCGCCCGCCACCCAUGGCCACCAUCAGACAACUUCCUGCAUGCAAACCCCUUGUACUCUCUCACGCCCGCACCUGCGCCUCAUGGUCCCUCGCCCAGAACACACGGCCGCGGUGAUGAUGUGGCGAUGACGUCACACGUCCCAGGGUGAUGGCUUCACGCAGCCAUGUGGACGUCACGCACAGAUCUAGCGGUGGCACCACAUGUAUGUACUGCGUGGCGCACAGACAUGGGGAACUUGGAAAUGCAGUGAUGACGUCACUGGCCGUGUUGACGUCAUGUGUCAUGACAACGUCACACAGACGCAGCGAUGACAUCAUACAGAAGGUGAUGUCACACACACAGACGCAGUGACAACUUUGCACACACCAUGACAACGUCACAUAUAGAUAUGGCACCAACAUCACAUGCACACACGUCCUUUCACACACACUUUCUGCCUAAUCCUCACCUAGUGUCACAUCCCCCCCACCCUGGCACCCAGGCCAAGGUACCCUUGGCAUCCCUGGGCCCCAGCACCUCCCCUCCUCCAGCUUCCUUAACUCCCAGGACUUCCUCGCCUGCAGUGUCUGGCCCCGGAGGUGAGAACAGGGAGCUGUUCACCUCUGCACCCUGAGCGUGAGCGUUUCCAGACCUCUCUUGGGGCCCUGAUCCCAGGGUGAGGGACACCUGCUGUCGGGAGGUGCACCCUUUCUCCCCCCAACUCCUAGCCCUGCCUUGUGGCCCCUUUGAAAUAUUGGUGGCACUUAAUAAAUGUUAGUAAAUCCUUCAAA